GCGGUUCGGCCCCGCCUUCCCAGGCGUUCUAGAACUCUGGCUUACAAUGUGGAACGUUCGGAAUGGCUUGACGGCGGCUGCCACUUUCGCUCUCACCUGGGCAAGAAAAGAGGCGAGUUUGCCUUGGUUGCUUCCAACUUUAGGAAGCCCCUCCGGGAUAACCUGCCCCGGCUGUUCUCGGGCUCUGCACUGUUCCAGACGACUCUGCCGGUCCCCUAGCGACUUGCUCAGAAAGUUCCUCGCUAAAAAAAGGAAGAAGUUUUGGUAUUCUAGUCCUACACUUGGAUCUGAAGUGCUGUACAAACCAUCCAGCUUGUCAGAUGUUUUAAAACUGCGACCUCCAAAGGUUAGGAAACAAGAUAGCAUUCGUAAGAAAACUUUGGACGUUCUGUUUUUUCAAGCUGUGCGGGACCUACUGAACACCCCUCUAGCUGGCCAAGAACUUUAUGAUCUCAAUGUGGAAGUGUUUAAGGCUUCCCUCACGUCAGAUUUUGCAAUAUGUCGCAUAUAUUGGAAGAGUUCCGGCAACGCAGAAAAGGAUGAAUGUAUUCAGCAAGCCCUAGAGAGAAAAGCCUCAUAUAUUAGACAUCUUCUGGUAUCGUAUCGUAUCCGGGUACAUGUUCCUUCAAUAAAAUUUGUUAGGGACAGAGAAGAGGCGGCUAUAAGAGAGGUUGAGAAAUUAUUGGCAAUUGCUGACAUGGGGCCUGAAGAAGAAGAAAAUGAAUUAAUUCAGAAUAAUUUCAGUGAGGAAAAAUCCAUCGUGGCCGAUACCCAUGGGGAGCCCUCCAUCCACACAAAUCUAUUUGGAAUUGAUCAUAAAGCAUUAAGUAAGCAGAUAAUGGAUUACAAAAAAUUGAAGAAGAAGGAGGUACUGGAAGGGACCUCGGUCCUAGAGACACAGUUGGCUGCGAUACGGCAACAUCAAAAGAAAAUGAGGAGGACGAAAGCUAGGAAAAUUUACGAUGAUGACCUUAAUCCUGAGGUGUAUUUGAUGGAGAAAUACAAUAAAGAUUAUUGGGACAGUGCAGUUUCAUCUUCAGAGAAUGAGGCACUAGAGUACCAGCCAAAGGAAGAUGGCAAUGAAUUAGAAAAAGAAAAGUAGAACUCUCAAUUUUAAAUGAAUUUUAUAAAACUAUGGGUCAGUUUGAACUACCCCAUAAAACAUUCAAUCAUUGUCUUGUUCAAUGGAAAAUAUAUUGCAGCUGAAGUUUCCCUCAUUUCUCCACUCCUUUAUGAUUCAUUUCCCCUUUUCCUUAUUUAUGCAACUAUAGUUUGCUGUUAUAGCCCACUCUGGCAGCAUAUGAGUUUUAUUAAAAUUGACUUGUUUACCUGCUAUAACCCUUGUGGAAUCUUUUGAGUUAGAUGAGCUCUAAAGUACAGAUAGGCCUUGUCUUACAGCCACAAUGUAGCCUAAAAUUUCCAUUGCCUAGCAAGACACUUAAGUGAGUUGUGCUCCAUUUUAUGAUGUUUUUUGCCACAGUUGUUAAGCGAAUCAUGUAGUUCAGGGCUGUCAAACUCAAUUUCAUUGAGGGCUGCAUCAGGGCUGUGGUUGAUCUCAGGUGAGGGGGUAGGCAGAUGUGGCUGACUGGGUGGGUGUGGCCAGCUUGACACCACUCACUAGGUGUGGCCAAAAGUGGGUGUGGCCAACUGGAUGGGCAUGGACAGCUUGAUGCCACUCCCCAAACUGCUGGCAUGUUAACUCUUUGCAUUGGAUAGACUGGGCCGAAGCCAGGCUUGCCCGAUGUUUCCUCUUCACGUUGGGUAGACUAGGGGUGAAAUGUUCUUGGUUCAGACCGGAUCAGCUGAUCCGGUAGCGAUGGUGGCGGGUGGUUCAGAGAACCGGUAGCAAAGAUCCCUCCCCCCCCAUGCCCAGCUGAGCCAUGUGAUCGUCAGAGCCUUUUUUUUUUUACUUUUUAAAAGCACGUUUU